AUGGCUAGUGAGGAGAGUUUCGUAGUGUUGGUUCACCACAGAGGAUCCAUUAAGAGGAAAACUCGUUCCGGUGUGAAGUUCACUGAUAAGGAUCCUCUCUGUAUUAUUGUCAAGCCUACGACGAGGUAUGAGGACCUUGUUAGCUCUGUACUGCUGAAACUUGGUCUAGAAGGUGUGAAACGGGUUAAGAAGUUUUUCUAUUGCAUUCCAAUCACGGUGCUCCAGGAAACCGUAAUGUAUGAUUGUUUCACGGUCGGCAGUAAUGAGGACUUGCAGGUCAUGUUUCAUUGUCGCCGGCAGUUUCCAGAGGUGAGGACCAGAACUGUUGGCAAAUGUGCUGCACCGGCUGGGGUUGGAGAUGGAUUGUUGGAUGAUCCAGAGGACGAUGAUGUCGAGCCGAAUAUGAUUGUUGAUGACAAUGGCGAUGAUGUCGGAGCAAGUGAGCCUGCUGGGGCAGGCGGUGGUUCUAGCUCUGGCACACAGCAGUACCCUCCACAUUUUUCCUCUUUGGACUUGGAUGCCAUGAGGCAGGAGGAUAAAGAAGAGGCCUUGUUAAGUGUGAAGACUUACAGCAUCCGUCGAGGGGUACAGUACAAGGUCGUGGAGUGUGACUAUCACCGUUAUGUGGGCAAGUGUUUUGAGUUCGAGAAUGGGUGCACAUGGUUGAUUCGGCUGAGUCUCCGACAGCACAAGGGCCUUUGGGAGGUCAAACGGUACAACGGACUGCAUACGUGUUUCGCCACCUCCAUCUCCAGCGACCACAGGAGUUUAGAUUACCAUGUGAUAUUGGCAUUCAUUAUGCCAAUGGUUAGGGCUGAUGCAUCUAUCAUCAUCAAGGUUCUCCUAAAUGCCACUGCCGCACAUUUUGGGUUUAGGCCGACGUACAGGAGGGUCUGGUUGGUCAAGCAGAAGGCUGUUGCCCUCAUCUAUGGUGAGUGGGAUGAUUCGUACAACGAGCUCCCCAGGUGGGUGUUAGGAGUCCAGUUGACGAUGUCUGGUACUGUUGCAGUCCUAAGGACGAGUACUGUUCGUGUCGGUGGAUAG